ACUGGCAAGGCAAGGACAAAAUUCUCAAAUGUCUGUUUCGUUAUUACAACCUUCUUUUUUUAUGUCAAAGACAAAAAGCUACGCGCAAAUUCUCAUUGGAUCUCGGUUGUUCUUAACAGCGAUGGCUAUUCAUUUAAGUCUUCGGGUAGCACCACCAGAUCUUCAACAAGGUGGAAAUUCUCGUAUUCUGUAUGUACAUGUUCCUGCGGCUCGGAUGAGUAUAGUUAUUUAUAUCGCAACGGCUAUUAACAGUUCCUUGUUCCCAUUAACAAAGCAUCCCCUCUUUCUUCGCUCUUCCGGAACCGGUACAGAAAUUGGUGCUUUUUCUACUUUGUUUACCUUAGUAACUGGGGGGUUUCGGGGAAGGCCUAUGUGGGGUACCUUUCGGGUGUGGGAUGCUCGUUUAACUUCUGUAUUCAUCUUGUUCCUUAUUUACCUGGGUGCACUGCGUUUUCAAAAGCUUCCUGUCGAACCGGCUCCUAUUUCAAUCCGUGCUGGACCGAUCGAUAUACCAAUAAUAAAGUCUCCAGUCAACUGGUGGAAUACAUCGCAUCAAUCUGGGAGCAUUAGCCGAUCUGGUACAUCAAUACAUGUUCCUAUGCCCAUUCCAAUCUUGUCUAACUUUGCUAACUUCCCCUUCUCCACCCGUAUCUUGUUCGUUCUGGAAACACGUCUUCCUAUUCCAUCUUUUCCCGAAUCUCCCUUAACGGAAGAAAUAGAAGCUCGAGAAGGAAUAAAAAAAAAACCUAGUUCACUCGGCUCGGCAUCCAUGGCUGAAUGGUUUAAGCGCCCAACCUGGAUGGGUGAGGCUGCACCCCCCUUGUGGGACCUGAAUAAGAUCGCCGUACUUCAAGACGGCCAAGUUUACGACGAGUACACUCCUCGGAAUGAAGAGUUGUACGGCUUCGACGAGAUUUCGAAAGAGAAGUACCAUUCGGAGUGUGUCCGGGAACUCUUCGCGGAGUACCAACGCUUGGUGCUUCGUAAUAGAUUUUUAUACCAUCACGUAUGGGUGAACCAUUUCUUCAAGGGUGAAAUUGAGAGACAGGCCCCACAGCCUAAUAGAGCCAAGAAGAAAGGUAUCAUUCUACUAAAGCCUUAUGUCUCCUUGCAUGUUUCAGUAAAGACAAGUAAACAACCUAUCAUGCAAAAGAAAGUGCUCGGAAGCGGUGUUUUUGUAAUCUUUGUCUUUCAGGAUGUGCUUUAUACGAACAAAUCAAAAG